AUGCCACCCGGAAGAGAAAUUGAGAAUAGAACUGACGCUCUAGCGAGGCCGCACCCGUCAAACACCGUGACAAUUGAUUACGUCAGCUUGGAGGAAUUCAACCAAGACGUGAUCGAUAGGCACGGCCUAGGAGGCCCUCAGAUUUACACCGAUGGUAGUAAAAUUGACGGGAAGACGGAAGCGGCACUCACAUGGUGGGAGGGUGGAGGAGAACUCCGCCACUCGACCUUCAAAUUAGCACCUCACAACACAGUGUUUCAGACUGAAAUGUACGCGCUCCUUAGAGCAGUGCAGAUUGCGAUGAAACACAAGGUGCAAAGCGUCAGUGUUCUCAGCGACUCAAAGUCCUCGCUGGAACUCCUAAAAACGCCAGAAACGACACAGCCUCUGGCCCAAAAAAUAAAACAAGAAGUGUCAAAAGCGCGAAGACAUGGGACCAAUAUUCAAUUCUAUUGGCUGCGAGCUCAUAUUGGAACGCCAGGAAAUGAGAGGGCAGAUGAACUGGCAAAGCAAGCAGCUCUUGGAAAGAAGACCGCUCCCGAGUAUGACAGUGUGCCUAUAUCCUACCUCAAAAGGUCGAUAAGACAACACACGGUCGAAAAGUGGCAGGCAUGCUACGAAGCCUCAACAACCGGCGCAACAACCAAGAAGGUUUUUCCACAAGUGAGGGACGCAAACACCGUCAUUAAAAAACUAAAACUCACAAACCUCUUAGUUCAAGCAUUCACCGGACAUGGAGGAUUCGCAGCCUACCUAAAUCGUUUUAAGAUCAAAGACGCACCCUCGUGCGUCUGCGACCCGACCAUUGGUGAGGACAUCUGGCACAUUGCGUGCGACUGCCCGCGCUUUGGCACGGAGAGGCUCGAGCUCGAAAUAAAGACCGGAGUAAAGAUCAGUCCGGAUAGCUCGAGCUGGAGAGAGCUGUUGGGGUCAGAAGAAAAACGGGAAAACACGAAAAGGUUCUUGGAGAAAAUUGUCCGCGUAUCAUGCAAAAGGAACAAAUAG